AUGGGUGGUGUUGACUUCAACAGGGUUACUUUGCAUGAUGAUGAUGAAGAUGGUGAGGAUGCAGAAGAGGAGGAAGUGGACAAAGUGGUGGAGGAGAAUGAGGAGGUGGAAAGGUGUGCUGUGGGGAAACAGGCCUCACAACUCAGCUACCUACUCUCCAAGUCCGCGCCAGACCAGAAAAGGGCCCGGUACGUCGCCACAACAUCAUAA